AUGAAGGGUACUCACUACCGACUUGAGUUGCCAGGUAGAUCUCGUUCACUUCUCUGGAAUAGCCCGGUGGUGGUUAGCCGCAUGUAUCAGCGCGAAAGCAAAGGUACCACAAGCACGAGUGCUAAUUUGUUCCAGAGGGUGCUGUCCAAGGUAGAUCUCUGGACACAAGGCUUUGCUCGAGUUGAUGCCCCAGAGAUAGCUAGGUGUCAUAUGCCUAAUCCAAUCGCCAUGAUUCUAUCAACUGACUGGGAGCUGGGGACCUCAAAUGUCCGUUUCCAAUUUAGUGGUAGGCUGAGAAAGGUUGAUGGGUACCAUAGCAGGGGCUCCGCUGGGGUAAAACCUGAAGCUGCAAGUUUAGCCCUCCGGCUUUCGUGA